AGACAACAGGUCAUCUAUCCACAGGCUGCAUGGAUUUAGGACCUUGAGGAAGCCAGAUGUUCCCAGGACGCCAGCGGCAGCAGCCUAUAGCGCUGACCCGCAGAAAGCAUCGCGAUAAAUCCGCGGCAGCACAGAAAAGUUAAACUAGUUGAACCAGAUUAUGCGCCCUGACGCACCCCGCGGAACAGCAGCGAUGGGAGCUUCGCAGACACGCAACGAGCACAAGUACCACGACCUGGCGGAUAAAACUGGAUUUUCACUGGAGCAGAUUGAAAACCUGUACAAACGAUUCCAGCAGCUGAGUGAUAAUGAGGAGACAAUGAGUAGAGAACAAUUGGACAGCAUACCAUCCCUUGCCAACAACCCAAUCAAAGAGCAAAUUGUUGAAGCAUUCUUUGAUAAAAGGAACCAGCAUCAGAAUGAGGUGGGCUCCUGCGGGGAGAUUGGCUUUGAGCAGUUCCUCAUGGUCAUGUCCCACUUCCGCCCUCCAUCCUUGAAGACGACAGAGGAGGAGAAGCAAACUAUGAGAAAAGAGAAGCUUCGCUUCCUGUUCAACAUGCAUGACACAGACAAUGAUGGCAUCAUCACACUGGUGGAGUACAGGAAGGUAGUAGAAGAGCUUCUGUCAAAGAGUGGAAACAUCGAGCAGGAAGCUGCCAAGGCAAUAGCAGAUGCUGCCAUGUUGGAAGUGGCGAGCACAAAUGUGCCCCACAUGGCCCCAGAUGAUUUUUAUGAAGGAAUAACAUUCGAGCAUUUUGAACAGAUCUUAAAAGGGCUUGAAAUGGAGUCCAGGAUGCACAUUCGCUUUUUGGAUGUAGAUACACCAACAUUGCAUUGUGGGAAAUCAACCUCUUGAAGUUGUUCUUGUAAAGAAAUGUUUAUUGUUGUUGGUUUGUUUUUAACAGAGCCUCUACCAUCCUUAAAUGGAAUAAAGCCAAACACUUGCUGUGCACUAAUACAUUUUUUGGGAGGAAAAUAUUUAUAUUCCUAAUACCAUGUAAGAUUUGCUAACACUUUACUUGAAGGUAUCUACAUAAGAGUAAAAUGACACUGUCAAGAACACAUUAACCAUAACCCUAACCUGUCAGGACAAAACCGAAUGAUACUUACUAAAAGAAGCGUUAUGUCAAAUGUAUAUAACUUGUUUAUGACACGUUCAUGCCAGUGUCUCCACUCUUAUGUUGAUACCUUCAAGUAAAGUGUAACCAAAGAUUUUUAUACAAAUUAGUCUGACAAUAUGGUGGAAGGGUUGUUAAUGUGAUCCUACAAGUAGUGUCAGAUAGUUGCUAUAAAAUGUGUUUCCCAUCUAAUGCCACACAAUUUUUUUUUUUUAUGAGGUUUUAAACUAACACACUACCUCUGAAUUCUCCAAAACGUCAUGUAACCAGCAUGUAAUGUAAAGGGUGCUUUGUACUUUAGUUAAAUGGUUCAUGUGUUAGAUAAAGUCAGUCAUAUUCGGGGCUGCCGUGGCACCCAUAGGUCCUCUGUCAGUGCCAACAUCCAAAGAGUGGAACUGCAGGCACAUACCAGGCCUCUACUAACAGGUUUAAUUUCUGUGCCUGUGAGAUUCUGUGUAACCAACCACAACUGUUCUGCCUUUGAAAAUCUACUAUUUAUGACCACUUGCAAGUAAAUCUAACCCUUUCCUUGAGAUAUUUUAUUACUGAUUUUGCACCGAAUUGUUUUAAUGAAGGAAAUCUAUUAAAGACUGCAUGAUAAAACCAA